AGAGGGAAAUAAACAUCUAAAAACCAGUCCUUUUCCUCAUCUUCACGAGUGAUCAAGAGUGGUUAUUUAUUGUGUGUGAGUAGUAGCAGGAGGCAGACUGGCAAUUUCAGGAGGAGGAGGAGGGGCACUUUGAGACUCGUACAACACAGGUUCAUUUUCCCCGAGACGCGGGCAGUUUCAAGCACUCCUUGGUUUCUUGGGAGUGACGAGGUCUCGCUCAGUGUGAAAGCGAUCGUGGGAGUGUCUGCCCCCACCGCGGAUGCGCCCACACCCACACCAACCAUGCUGCCCUCCUCCAAUGAGACGAUCAAGGAGCAGUUAGACGCAAUGCCUAUGGAGGAUUUUGAAGAUUUAUUAAAACAAGCUUAUCAGAAUCAAGAGCCCGUAUCAGAACAUGCCGAAAUCUUAAAGCAACUUAAAGGGACUCUAGACGCACAUGGGGACAGUUCAACCCUGUCCAACGCCAAAUAUCAUUCGUCUCUUCAGUCUCUGAAUAAUAAUGAAGCCUCGACUCACCCACAUCCCACGCCGGCACAUCUCCAUAAGAAUAAUAAUCAUCACCAUGUCCCAACGAAACAGCAGGAGACUAAGACCCUUCACCACUAUAGUUAUGGGUACAACCACCAUUAUGGUCACCUCAAUCACACCAGUACCUUAACAACUAUUAACUCCACGUCGAGUCUCAAUUCCCUUGGGGUGGACGGUGAAGGCGGCGGCGGUGGCGGCUCGUCAUCAUCUUUGUCCCUCCAGCAGCAGAAGCAACAACACCUCGCGUACUUUUUCAAUGAUCGGGACGACGAUCGCGCUCCUGCCACAGGAUCCCAGCGAAGUUAUAAUAGGUCAUCUGGUAGCGGACAAAUCGCUCCAAAACCAUCUAUCGAUGGUACCGAGAUGACGUCCACCUGGGAGAAUGCUGCGUCCGCCCUCUGCUCAGACCAACCCUUUGAACUUUCAGGGCCCACAUACUAUCCAGGAGCCCCAGGGACGACGAGCCUUUCACCGGAUGCGGGGCGAAGCCUCACUCCAAGUUUGCCUUUGCCGGGAUCUAUCAAGGACGCUAAUAAAGAGGGAACAAAUGAUCGUAGACGAUUAAACGAUCGUCUUGCAAAGAAGAAAAGUAGUAAAAACAACGUGAAGGAGCGAAAUAUUGAGGUAAUAGCAAUUCCCGGUUACAGAGGGAAUGAAAAGGAUGUGGAUGACUUAGUCCAUUUUGUCCUUGGUGACGAUGCACCGAGCAAUAAGAAAAAGAAUAAGAAGGAUCAGAGUGGGGCAAAGACGAAGGACACUCUGGUAAAAUCUGCAUCACUUGAUGAAAAUCAUUUGAACGCUCGCAAACGAAGUUCUAGUUCUUCCACCGAGCGACCUAGUUCCAAGUCCUUAAAGGAAAUUGAAAAGAAAAGCGAGCGUGCCGUGUCAUCGCACCAGAUAUCAUCAAGUCCACCCCCAGGCCAGUCACCAGUAUCUUUACCUCCCAAUUGUGCUACUUCAGCCCCCAGCAAAAAAAUUACGGUUAAUCAGAAGUCAUCUAAUAAAAAUAGCAAAGAAGAAAACGUUAUUAGUGUACCCACUGUACCCAAGAAGGAGGCCCCCCAAUCCAAACGCACCGUAAAGGAGGAUGACUCUACAGAACAUCCUUUUGAACUUGUCACGAAAAAGAAAAAGACUAAGAAAACUAUGACGCAACGUGAGGCUGAGUCGUUUUCCAGACGCCAAGCUAAAGAAGCAUCGCGUCGCGAGCAAGCCCGCGCCCGUCGUGUUGGUGGUGGGGAAAGGAGAACAUCCGUGUGUUCGGCACCAGAGAGCGAAAAUUCUGAUCAGUCGGACGACGAUUCUGUCAGAUCACUUCCGGCAGGGGAAUGUACACCCAGGGAACAUAUCCCCAAGCAAUGCGCUUCCUCUGGUGGGACUCCUCAGACAUCAUACGCAGAUAUUGCGAAAGCUCCAGAGCCUGCCAAUUCAAACCAGUUUUCCCCUUCACCCACAACCGGCGCAAGUGAUCACCCAAUAAACUUCCCCUCAAGAAAGACUGUUCCGUUUUCCCCACCCUCGAAUAAAGGCGGUGGUGAGGCUCUCUCAAGCACGAAAGAUGUACCAACUCCUGAUUCAAAAGACUGUCCAAUUGAGCGCGAACCCUUCAAAUCUAGCGGAAUGGGUAGUACGGUUCCCAAUUCUACCAAAACUUUUAAACCCAAUUCUGCUAUUCAGCAACCUGUGCCAGGGUCCAAGCUACCCCCACUCGCUCCCAAGAUUGUGAAUAUAAACAACGUGGGUCAAGCUCCAUCUACUAACCAGACCCAACGAUCAAACGUUCCGCCUGUAAGAAAUAACAGGAAUCAGUACCAGAACAAUAAGAAUCAACUAAUACUCCAAACCAUGCCUCAACCCGAGAGGCCAUAUCUGUCCACCGUGAUUAAGACACACACCAGCAGCAGUCAACAGGACCCCUCCUGCCAACCUCACCCAGCCAAAGGGAAAGAAGAAGUUAAGGUGCUAAUAGAAGACACGAAUGAGUUUCCAGACAUUUGCUCUUCUAUGUCGUCUUUAUCAAUGAAGCCCCCUUUUUCCAAGAAAACCGCACAUAAUCACAAUGGUCCGAGUAGUGGCAAUCCUACUUUCGUGACCAACAUGAAUAACAAUAACAACAACAAUAUUAACGACAAUGGUUCUAUGAACAAGGUUCAAGUCGCCGCCAAGACGCCCACCCACGCAAUUGAGACCAAGAAUGACCCUCACCAGACUCCGACUAAUACUGCGACUUCGCCCCGGAUGAGCGAAAAACCAAUGAGUACACCACCACGACAUAUCGGGGAAACGGUAUUAUCCUUGAUUACGACUGAAAAGAGUCCAAUUGUAGAAGAAAUUGUUCGCGUGGUGCAGCCGGUGUUUGUCCCAGAGGUGCCAAACCAGCAGACUACGACUGCUGGUCCCAUUACUAGUCCUUCAGCAUCUGAAGAAGCUGAAGUAGUUAUUGCCCCGUCUGGAGAGCUGACACUUGUCAACGGUGACCACGAACAGGAUAUCGACCCUGAAGAGUUGAUGGAAGGGAGGAGUAGAAACUCUGCCAGUGUUUCGUCCUCUGUGGGUGGUGGGGAGGCGGUUGUAUUUUGCCGAGGAAACAUUGAGAGUGAGAUUCCCAAUCAGGAUGUUGGAUUCGAAUUUGGUUUCAACGUUAUGGAGCACACGACAUACCUCCCUUGGCCCCCACAGCCCAUGGUAAUGGCAGAAGGUGAAGGUGAAGACAUUGCGUGUGAAGGAAGCACACCGCCAUUUUCACCAGAAGAAUCCUAUCAAACUUCUACAGGCAAUCCUGAACAACAACAUUGUCCUCCAUCGACUGAUGAUGAAUAUAUUGAAGGUAGUUCAGCCCCCACAACUUCAACCCGAUGGUCAGAAGAGCAACAGCAACAGCAACACUCUUAUGACCCAAAGUCACAUCCUGGUAGUCGUUAUCCUCAUUCCAAUUCCAGAGGAGGAGGUGGUGGUCCACCUCCCAGUCUUUUGGGAUCUUAUCGAGGCCCAUCAGCGGACAGUGGAAAUCCACGGCCUCGAGGAUCAUACGCCGCUCGAAGAGGAGGUGGAUUUGGUACUCGGGGAAGUCGCGGAAAUCCUGGCGGCGGGGGCGAUCGUAACUCACAACAACAGGCUGGAGUAGCACAAAUUCAGGUUCAGCAGCAGCAACAACAACCACCUCCCCAAUUCACAAUGCCUAUUCCGCUCCCCCCUCUUUCGGCUCCGCAGCAGCUUGCUCACUUUGGGGCGAAUCCACAACAGAUCCCACCCCAUAUGUUGUCUCACUAUGGGUUGAUGGCCGCAGCAGCAGCGCAUCACCAAAGUCAAGCCCAGCAAGUUUAUCCAAUCCAAUCCCAACAAAGGGUGCCACUGUCUCAUCCCCAACACUAUCUACCUCAGCCUCCCAUGGUUGGGAUGAAUAUUUACGCUUAUCAGCCCCCUCCUCCACCACACACAAUACCAGUCACGUCAUCCCCCGCUAUGUUGGAAGAUCCAAACAGCAUACACCAAAUGCAACAGCAACAGCAGCAACAUCAAAUGACGAUACCAAUUACAACAGGUGCUACCUCCAAUAUGACCAUGGUCACUCAGCCCUCCUAUGUGCCCAUUAUGAUGUCACAUCCCCAUGAGUACAUCAGUAUGCAACCACUUCCACAACCACAACCACAACUACCGCCGCCGCCGCCGCCGGCCCAAUCUCUUCCUCCUGUGCCUCCAACAGUAACACAGCCCUACAUCGGCCAGGUCCAUUACACCGAGGCAGGUGCAAUGGUGAUGCCGGCGGGUGUUGUUAAUCCAUCAUUUUUAUUCUAUACACCCCCAAACUAUACCGUCCCUGACGUAUCCGGUGAAGUAGAACCCUGGCUGGAUGGAUAUUUUGAUGAAAAGUUGCGAAUGGGAGCUGCCGGACUGCUGACGCUACAUAGGAUUGAAUAGGCCAUCAAAAUAAUUGCGUCUCAUCGUCCAUUUUUUGGAUACCGUACAUUUAUAUAUCGUAAACUAAUUUGUCUAAGAUUUCUAUUGUUUCGGCAUUUUUGUCCAAGGUUAACCUUGGUACACGGCACAGUUAUUUUUUGCAUUUGUUUUUGUAAUACUACACUGCACUUUACAACUCAUUAUUACAAUUCAUUUAUUACUGUUACUACUAUUACACUAUAACCGCGACGCGUCUCAUGUGUUUGUGUAGCACUCUCUUUUCGUUAAUUCUUAGUUUAGUGCUAGAAAUUUGUCUAAAAGAAAAUCAAAAUUGCACUAUGAUUAGUAUGAUUUAAUCCCUGUAAUCUGUUGCAAAUAUAACUUAUUUACAUCAACGAAGACAACAAGUAGUGCAUCAAUUACAUAAUUUGGCUCGGAUCGAACCAGGUUCAACGUUUAGUUACCUAUAUCUACUAUGUAAUAGCACCACCACUAUAAUAAUUAAUAGAAAACGGUAGUAAGUCGUAUAGCAGUUAUAUAGCUAGUGUUAACCCAUUAGCUUUAUAAAGAUACCACAUUAAUCCUAAGUUUAAUUAAAUAUAGUAGGUGUGUGUGCGUGUAUAUGUCCGUAUAUGUUACGUGCAUUCGGACCAAUGAUAAUUCAUGACUUGAACUUCCUAGUAAUUUAACCCGAAAUAUUAGGCUACAAAUUGAAGAAUAUUUAGUUAUUCGUCGCAAUUGUUUAUUCUUUGGUUAUGUAAAUAUCAUCUGUUGCUUCGUAGGAUUAGCUUUGGCUUUGCUUGUACCAGAAAACAUCCUUUGUUCCUUCGGAUGUUUGAGGUCGUGUCACAUUUUCAUCUUACAAUCUUUGUUCGAAAUUCAUGAACUACACAUUAGUGCAUUAUAAUUUCAACAUAGGUUUCUUUAACUCUGGUCGCUGAGUCGUUCAUACGACAUAUACGGUUCAUAUCGCAAGUGAGAAAGAUUGUUUGAUUUCUGACAUGUCACUUUUACAAUUUUUUUAAAUAAUUUUUUUAACUUGUAUGCGAUGAUGCAUUUCAUGUUAUGUAUGUAUACUUGUUAUGCUACUGAGCGGAACAUAAUGAAUUAAUGAACACUAUGCGAUGAUUGAUUAUAGUCAGUUAGCAGAAAACAACACACACCUUACCUGCCUCUAAUACAUAUAACCCAACACAUUAAAGAACAAUUUACGCCGCAUUAUUAUAUGAUUAUAAACAUGUAAUUAUUCUUGAGACGACGUGAUUAAUUAAUAGUUCGUAUGUAAUGACUAAUUAUUCGUAUGAGACAGAAAUGCAAAUGAAAUCGCGUCUUUAUUUUUGUGAGUAGGAUACUUACUACACAUUAGAAAGAGCAGAUUGAGUUAUAAAUGACUAAAAGUGUAUCGGGCCUCCCGCUCCCCUCUUCCACGUUAUCGGGCUUCACAGAACAAUCAGCACACUCGUAGUCGCGUACCCGAUGUGGAGGAGGGAAGGGGUGUGGUCGAGGAAAUAACGAGUAUCUAAGUUUAGCAUUUAUUUGUGUAAUACAUUAGCAGUACAUGAAUUAAGUAUGUAGUUGUACGUCAACUUGGCUGAUGUAGCAGCUUCACUGCAAUCCAUUUACAAUUAAUCAAGUACUAAUUAUGUAAUCUUGUACUAAAUUUUAUACUAAAUUGUUUCUACAAAAGAGUCGUUGAAACUUAUUAGUUUUUAAACAAUGGGGUUUCAUAAGGUUUAAGAACGAUACAAUAUGCUGAUGAUGAACAACAAGGCUAACUCGUAUUCAAAUCUGUCUAAAUUGGGCUAGGUGGGUGGGACAGAUGAGUUGUUCUUCUGUGCAUAAUAAUUUCUUGGUCCCCUAUCCAUCCCUACUUUUGUACAGAUGCAUUUUUGUGACCCCCGACUCUGCUUCCUUUCAUGGACUUGCGGAUAAGUAAUGAGCAGUAGUACAAUAAGGCAAUUUAACGAUAAUAAUUAACUAAUUAUGGUACGGGCAGUUAAUUAAUUAAUUAUUAUCUAUAACUAUUGAAGAACGACAUUGUGGUAUAUAUAUAUAUAUAUAUCUAUCUAUAACUAUGCUAAGCAUCGUCGUCGUCGUGUCCAGACAUCAUCAUCGCAUUAGUUAGUAGAAAAUAGUAAUGACUAGUGAUAAGUUGUUAUCCGAAGAGAGGAGAAGAAUUAGAGACCCAGAGCAUCCAAUUUAGAAGAAGAGUUUCCUCUUCUCACUCUGUAUUUUCAAGCAUUUGUAUUCUUAUUUGUAAACUAGUUAGUAAAGUAAGUAAGAGGUGACACAGUUUUAGAUAAGUGCGGGUUGAUAAGUAUUACUACCUAGAGAUAUACAUAAUGCCAACAUUUAGCUCUACUUUCUAAAUAGGUGUAAAAUAAGCUACGACGACUCUAGUGGUACGGAUGCAAGCAACACUGAUUGUGCCGAAAGCAUCAUCAUCACGAGGGGAGGAGGAUCGUUGGAUAAGAGGAAAUCAUGCGGGUGGGUGGUCGUGCCGCGCUCUGAAUACUCCUACGACAUAAAUUAUACGGGAUGUCAGUCUGUCAUCUCGGGUCUGUUGUCUGGUCAUUUUUAUUAAGUUAUAAUUAAUCCGUAGUAGUAAUAAUUAAUUACAAAUUUGGUAAUCAUCGUAUAUUUAAGGAAUCAUAAUUUGCCAAUUUUUGCGACGACGACGACGGAUAAUUCUUUAACAACGUUUGUUUUUAAUUCACGAUAUUAUUCUUAAAAAUGGCGGAAAACGCCGCAAGGGACAAUUAUAAUUAUAUAAUUAUUUUUGACAUUAUCACACCAUCCGCAUUUAAUUGUCAUUGAUUCAAUUACACGAAAGUAGCUCUGCGCAAUAGUGAGUACGUUGUCAAUUCCGACGUAGAUAAGAUACCCUCUGCCAAACUUUAUGAAUUAAUGAGCGUCAUAUUUUUAGUUGUAACGUUUUGGAAAGUGGAGGAAUUUCUUUGUAAUUAAUUUAAACGCAGGCGUUGAUUUUUGUUUGUUCUGUUCUGUCAAAUUUUACCCAAAUGUUAAUUGUUUAUCAAGUAUGUAUGCAUUUACGACGCCACAAUACACAGACAGCAAUAUAAACUUUGGUUGUUAACCAAUUGUCAGUAAUGAUGUGGAAUCGGAUAACUAACAAAUGCUUAGCAAACUCGAUUCGAAGAAGAAAUUCGUCAAUAUUGUUAAAUUAGUUAUCCGCCACGUCGCCACGAAUAAGGACUUCCUCGACUCUAACUUUUGUGACUCAUUACUCAGUUACCAUUAAUUAAUUAAUUAAUCGAUUUCUUAAUUAUCUUGCACUUUAUGUUGGAUUAAUUUGUCGCAUUAAAACUGUAAAGUAAGGCUGUGGAUCAGUGUGGGUUAUGAUAAGGUAUGGGUGGGUGGAUUUGGAUCACGUGUUUCAUUAUCUCUGGUAUGAAUUUAUGGAUAAUGAGUGAAAUUAAAAACUAUGUGGUUAGCAGAGAAAUGCACCCACGCCGGAAAAACGGUGAUGAUACUAAAUAAGCUCGAAAAUAAAAAAGAGAAAGUUUAAAAAAGUC